UUUAUCCUAAUAAAAUUAAAUGCACAAAAUUAAGUUCAACUCCAAAGAGGUUUAUUAGACGUUUCUCCAUUACUAUAUAUUUUGCAAAGGUGGCACUGCGUCUCUCUCUCUCUCUCUCUCUCUCUCUCCUCUUUCUCUCUCUUCCCACAGUGAUCCUUACUCUUCGUUCGUUCCCCACUCUAAGCUCCUCUUUAAUUAUGUGAAUUUAUAUAUAUAUAGAUGUACACACACACACACACAAAUAAACAUAUUUUACACAUCCACAUUCAUACUUGCAUAUAAUCAGGGAUUCCGGCACCGUCGGCCGUCGCCUGAUCACUCAAUUACCCUCCGAUCGCAGUAUAUUCAUCGGAAUUUGCCCAUUCACCUUACACUGUUGAUUUGUGGGUUCGUUGAAUUAGAAAUCAUCAGAGAGGAACCGAGAUUACAUUGGUGCAGUUGUUGGCAUAAUUUCAACAAAAUUGAAAAGAAAAAAAAUUUAGGAAUUUUUUGGUAAUUGUGAUUGAUAGAUUGUUAUAGUGAUGGCAUCAAGCACAAUCAGGAAGGCAAUAGGGGCAGUGAAGGACCAGACAAGCAUAAGCCUAGCCAAAGUGGCGGGUAAUCCCGCCGCCCCCUACCUCGAUGUCUUGAUCGUAAAAGCCACAUCGCAUGUCGACGAGCCGGCCGACGACAAGUACGGCCGCGACAUUCUGACGAUGAUGUCAUCCUCCAAGCUCUACAUCACAGCCUGCCUCUUUGCAAUCUCCAAAAGGCUGAGAAAAACCCGCGAUUGGAUAGUGGCACUAAAAUCUUUAUUGCUGCUGCACAGGCUGUUGUGUGAAGGUGACCCUCUUUUCGGGCAGGAGCUCAUGUUCGCCAGCUGGAAGGGUACGAGGGUUUUGAAUAUGUCUGAUUUUCGUGACGAAGCGCAUAACACGAAUUUGUUCGAGCAGACGGGGUUCUUGGUGAGCUUCGCCUCGUAUUUGGAUCAGAAGCUCGAGAUUAUUGUGUAUGACCUGAAAAAAUCGAGGGUUCUUGGUAAUGGUAACAAUGAUGAUGACAAGGAGAAGGGGGAGAAGAAUAAGUAUGAUGAGUUGGGAUUUAUUAGAGUUGUAGAGAGGUUGAAUCUACAGCUUCAGCUUCUUGACCGGUUCUUGGCUUGUAGGCCGAGAGGGGCUGCGAGAAACACUCGAAUGGUGCUCGUGGCUUUGCAAGUGCUUGUGAAGGAGAGUUUUGCAGUCUACAGUGACGUAACCGAUGUGUUGGAGCAUUUUCAAGAUUGUUUUCAUGAGCUGAAAUAUGUUUACUGCGUAAGGGCUUUCGAUGCUUAUGUUAAGGCUGCAAAAAUAAUGGAUGGACUUAUCGGUUUCUAUAGCUGGUGCAAGGAUUUGGAGUUGGUUUUUGCGACUCCGUCGGAUUUUCCUAAAGUGCAGAAAAUUAGUGACGAGAUUUUGAGGGCACUCGAAAUGGUCUUGAAGGAAAAGAAAACUACAGAAAAGAGCCCUAACGAAACGAGGGAAGAAGAAACCAAAGAAGAGACAGUACAAAAUGCAAUAAACGAAAUCAAAGCUCUUCCUCCACCGGAGAAUUUCAAUCCUCAGCCACAUCAAAAUCAGCAGCUAAUUACUGAAAACCUUGUGAAUCUAGUAGACUUCGAUAAUCAAGAGGGCGAUAAUUUGGCGUUGGCUUUAUUUUCGACAAAUGGAGAUGCUAAAGCCACAUCAGCAUGGCAGAAUCCCGCUGUGGAAAACGGUAGAUCCGAUUGGGAGUUGGUGUUGGUGGAUUCUUCGAGCAAUUUAUCGAUACAGAAGGCUGAUUUAGCAGGGGGGUUCGAUUCGUUAAUGUUGAACGGCAUGUACGAUCACGGGACACAAGUGAGGCAACACGCGAGUAAUGGUGGGAGUGCGAGUAGCGUAGCGUUGCCUGGAAUUAAUGGCGCGAUGAUGAAUAAUAAAGUGCUGGCAUUGCCCGCACCUGACGGAACGGUCAAACCGGUCGGUCAACAAGAUCCGUUUGCAGCAUCGCUAUCCGUGCCUCCACCUUCUUACGUGCAGAUUGCUGAUAUGGAGAGGAAACAAGUUUUGCUGGCUCAAGAGCAGCACAGGUGGCAGCAGUACUCGACCAACGGGAUGCAAGGGCCGAUGGGGUUUGCUAAGAUUGCGAGUUAUUACGAUACUUCUAUGCCUUACGGGUACUACCCUUCGUAUUAAUUUCGUGUUUGUGAGUGCGUUUUUUUCGGUUAUUUUUAUUGGUCUAUACUUUCUUGAAAUUGAUAGUGAGAAUAAGGUAAAUUUAUUACAUGGCAUUUGAUAUUGCUUUGUCCUGUGGUUGGUUUUUAUUGCAAUAAAAUGUAGCCAAGUAUUUUUUUGGUA